AGUCAACACAUCACUCUCUUAUCCCUUCUCUCUCAAUCAAUGCACCCGGCCUUCGGUCCCACCACAAUUCCCUCAAAGUCUUGCUUACCCCCACUGAGCCCACUUCACCGUCCACCACCUGCCUCACCCUCCUUUCCAUCCUAUCCUGCUCUCACUUAACCACCUGUCCCGAUCCUACCCUAACUCGAUCACACCAACUUGUCACAACACACAAGUUCCAUAAACUUGUUGGCCACGAUAUCCCACCCUCUUUCGCUUCCAAAUAUCCCCUAGCAAACGUCAGAAGGUUUUAGUCUUCUCCGUUCCUCAUGGGCUCUCUCUAAACCAUAUGCACCCUUGUCUCCGAGCUCUCUGUAAAGUUUUCAUUAUUUUUUAAGCUCAGAAAAAUGGAGAAUUACUCUUAUAACUCAUAUCCGGACUCCGGCGACUCUUCGCCACGAUCCCGAGAAAUCGACUUUGAAAACCCGCCACCAUGGGAAGACCAACCGCAACAUGCACAAAAUUACAAGGCCAAGUUCAUGUGCAGCUAUGGCGGCAAGAUCCACCCUCGCCCUCACGACAACCAGCUAGCGUACAUCGGCGGAGAGACCAAGAUCCUAGCCGUUGAACGCAACAUCAAAUUCUCCUCCAUGAUCUCCAAGCUUUCCGGUCUCUGCUGCGGCGGCGCCGGCGACGCUGACGUUUCCUUCAAGUACCAGCUCCCGGGCGAAGACCUGGACGCCCUGAUUUCCGUUACUAACGAUGAUGAUCUCGAGCACAUGAUGCACGAGUACGAUCGCCUUUAUCGAGCUUCGGCUAAGCCAGCGAGGAUGCGGCUGUUCAUAUUUACGGCGAUUGGCUCCGCAAAUUUCGGGUGCGAAGGGGCGAAAUCGGAACGGGACCGUUUCGUGGAGGCUUUAAAUUCCGGCCCAACUCCGGGAGCCGAAAAAAACGCUGCGAUUCCACCAAACAAUGUGGAUUUCUUGUUUGGACUUGAAAAGGGGAUGGCUCCACCUCCGCCGGUGAAAAUCCGCGAUCCCGUGGCCGAACCAGUGGCUACGCCACCGCCUCCGGUACCGGAAGUCGUCGGGUCGGAUCAUGUUUUGAAUCCGGUUGAAAUUCAGAGGCAGUUACAAGAAUUGCAGAGGCUUCAAAUUCGGGAUCAAGAACAGCUUGCUAUGUAUAGAAAAAAGACUGAAGAAGCUGCUUCUUUGCCUUAUACAGGGGAAUACUACGCCCAGAAGUUACCUGAAAAAGCGCCGCCGGUGAAUUUACCGGUAACUUUACAACAGCAUCCGGUCACAGCUGGAUUCUGGCCGGAUAAACAGAUUUCAGCCGGAGGUUACCCGGCAACUGUAACGACCACCCCAGGCCCACCACCGCCAUCGGAACAUCAGGUUUACAUGAUCUCAGCACCAGGACCGGCUCCAGCCACAGUCUACCACGCAGCUCCAGCACCUGCAGCGGCAGCGUCACAAAUGGUUCGACCGGUGACCGGACAAGCCGGCCAAGGCUACUACGCCAACGUACAGAGAAUGCCACCCGAAGUCUACCGGGAGCAACCGGUUUACAACAUGGUGGCGCAACCUCCGCCGACACAACACCCGCCGAUAUCAGCGGUCUCGCAGCAAGUGGUGAGGCCACCAAGCGGAGGAGGGGUGACAGAUAUGGCAUACGCACACUUGGGAGCGUACGAUAGGCAGGUGUAUUAUACUGCGCCGGGGGGUGUUGUGCAACCUCAGUAUCAAGGCGUUGGCGUGGCAGUUAGUGGUGAAAUGAGGGCCGGUACCGAGGGUAAAAUGGUAAAUAAAGUUUCACAAGGUUCAGUUUAAUUAUGAAUGAAUGAAUGAAUUUGUAAUGUAUUUAUGAGUUCUAAUUAUUACUAUUACUAUAUCAAGUUAAGUAUAAUUUUAAAAUUUUGGCACUUAUAUUAUUGUGUUUUUGAUGCUAUAUAAUUUGUUUAUACACUCGAGUUUGUGAAUAUUUUUUUGCAUCGUUUAGCUGUUGAA